CGAAUAUUUUUGGCAGUGCUUCACCGUUGUAUGUGUUUGAUAUAACGUGAGAGGAAAGAAGUGGACAUUGUUUAUUAAAAAGAAAUAUUAAAAAAUCGGAUUGCAAUGGCAACCCAGGACAUUGAAACGUUAAUUGAUAUGGGAUUCCCGAAAGAAAAAGCGGUACGAGCUUUGGAGGUUACCGGAAAUCAAGGUGUGGAGCCGGCAAUGGAAUGGUUGCUUGCUCAUGCAGAUGAAUCCAUUCCAUUUUCUUCUUCUGAAGCCACCACUGAUGCAAUGGAGACAACACAGCCUUCUGUGAUAGAUACAGCACCUAUUGGUGAUAGUACUGAAAAUUCUGUGGAGACUUCCAAAAGCACUGAAAGUGCCAGCAGCUCUGAAACAGCCAAGUCUUUAAAGUGUAAUGACUGUGGGAAGCUUUUUUCUACCCAGCUUGAAAUAGAAUACCAUGCUGCAAAAUCUGGACAUAGUAGUUUCUCAGAGUCAACAGAAGAGAAGAAACCAUUGACAGAGGAAGAGAAAAAAGAACAACUUAAGAAGCUAGAAGAAAAAAUGAGACAGAAGCGGCUAGAGCGAGAAGAAAAGGAGAAGCAAGAAGCUUUAGAAAGAGAAAGGCUGAGAAUUCGCUCAGGGAAAGAAAUGACUGCAGCAAGAAAGAAGCUUGAGGAGGAAGAAAUGAAAAAGCUGGUGGAACAGCGGAAGCGUGAGAAAUUAGAAGAGAAAAUGGCUCGGCAGAGAGUCAAGGAUCAGAUAGAACAGGACAAGAUUGCAAGGCGCACAAAGUUUGCAAUGGGCCCAGCGCCAGAAGCUGGAGCUACUUCUCCGACCGCAUCACCUGUGCCUACGCCAGUAUCUCAGGUGCAGCCCCCACCUCAGAAGGAUUACACUCAAGCCAAACUGCAGAUAAGAUUAACAAAUGGACAAGCCCUCACACAAACGUUUGGAGCAAAAGAACAGUUGGCAGCAGUUAGAUUGUAUGUUGAGUUGAACAGGACAGAUGGAGCUGGACCAUUCUCUCUAAUGACAAAUUUUCCUAAGAAAAUAUUUACAGAUGAUGACUACAAUAAAUCGUUGGAAGCUCUUGGUCUAGUGCCUUCUGCUGUGGUCAUUGUUUCACGGGUGCAGCAUUAACACCAAAGCCAUCUUCAAGCAGCUGCACUCUUUUUUUCAAGCUAAUUCCAUAAAUGGAGAUUAUAUAUUUAUGGUCUAAUGCUGUACAUUUGUUUUAAAUGUGUAUUUUGUUACUGUAUAUGUCUUGGCAAGUUAAAAUAAAAAUGGUUGAUUUUUAAUGU